GGGUCUACUACCGGUCCCUUCUUGGUGGAGAGUGUCGAGUUUUCAGGACAUCCCUCGUUUUGGUGGAAGAAUUUUCUCAUCCACAAACACCUGUGAGCCCCGGCCAUGACCAUUCGCGGCACACUCGAUUUCCGUAUCGCCAGGUUACAAUGCUAUAGCCUCAUCCAGAGUCUGCGCAAGGACGCCGCCAUCUUCAGUGUGUCCACGAGCACCAUCCGCCGCUGGCACCCAGAUACCAGUGCCGCGACCUGGAUCAAUCACAGUAUUCCCACAGCGAAAUGGGAGGGAAGCCAUUUCCAUCCCCGCACUUUUCACCCGCCUGCGUCCGUCGCUCUUCUCUUUUCUUUCGUUCCUGGACUCUUGUGAUCUCCCCGCACAAGGUCAGAUUCCCAUCGCGGCAAUGCCCAAGAAGAAGACCGUCCCUGCCGACGACGGCCCUCCCGGUCGUGACGGCGGUGGCCCCGAACGCUCGCUUCGCAGAUCGGCGCGGGCCGUUCGGAAAGCCAGCGAGCCCACUUCGACGGCCACCAAGCUCGUAGCCAUCAAGCUCGAAGCCAAGAGCAGCGCCAAACGAUCUGUGCGUCAAGCAGUCGGUUCUACAGCUCCCAGUUCGAGCACUCCUGUGAGCAGGUCGUCUGUCCAGUCCAAGUCCAAGUCCAAGUCCAAGGCCGAGUCCAAGUCCAAGGCCGAGACUGAGACUGAGGCUGAGAUCGAGACUGAGGUCUGCACCAAGGAAGAGUGCGCAGAGCCGGCCCAGACGGACCCAUCCCCGCUUGUCGACAGCAAGUCUGCGGCUGUACCGAUCUCGCCGCCGCCCAGCCCGCUGCGGUUCGAGAUCGAGCGCUGCAAAAUCGUCGAGGUCAACGUCAGAAAGCCUCGAUCCAAAAGCUUUGAAGUCACGAUGAUCCGAGAUGGAAACGAAACACUUCUCUGGUCGGGAGUCAAGCUGGGCCCGCCUCGCAAACUCAAGUUCCCGUCGGAUGAAGAUUUUCUCUCCAUCUUGAAGCCUCAUCUGACUGCCUAG